UGCUAGCAUCUGUCCGAACCACCGCGUUUAAAACCCACCAAGCGCAACCCAAGCCGACACAGAAACCACCAACAUGGGCAACUGCAACGGCCUUCCGUCCGACAGUGACCGUCAUCAACUCCAUACAUCGCCCCAGGUCGUCGUCUCCGGGCAAGAUGCAGGAGGGGGCGCAAAUCAUCCCCGACCCCAAACCGCCACCAAUCAUAACGUGCGCCCCCCUAAUCCUACGCACCCCUCCCAACCCUCACGGCCACCACCGCCCGUCCCCCCCCUCUCCGGCAUCGGGCGCGUCCUCGGCCGUCAGAUGGAGGACGUGCGUUCCACCUACAUUUUCGGCCGCGAGCUCGGCCGCGGGCAGUUCGGCGUCACCUACCUCUGCACCCACCGCGAGACGAAGCAGGUCUUCGCCUGCAAGUCAAUCGCCACCCGCAAGCUCAUCAACCGCGAUGAUAUCGACGACGUCCGUCGCGAGGUCCAGAUCAUGUACCACCUGGCGGGCCACCGCAACAUCGUCGAGCUGAAGGGGGCCUACGAGGACCGCCAAUCAGUCAACCUCGUGAUGGAGCUUUGUGCCGGCGGGGAGCUCUUCGAUCGGAUCAUUGCCAAGGGGCAUUACUCGGAGCGGGCUGCCGCCGCGCUGUGCAGGGAGAUCGUCACUGUCGUCCACUACUGCCACUCCAUGGGGGUGAUGCACCGAGACUUGAAGCCGGAGAAUUUCCUGUUCUUGAGCACGGAUGAGGAUUCACCGCUCAAGGCAACGGAUUUUGGGCUGUCGGUUUUCUUCAAGCCGGGAGAUGUAUUUAAAGAUCUUGUUGGGAGCGCAUAUUAUGUAGCUCCUGAAGUGCUCAGACGACAUUAUGGAGCAGAAGCCGAUAUUUGGAGUGCUGGAGUUAUACUUUAUAUUCUCCUUAGUGGCGUCCCUCCUUUCUGGGCAGAGAAUGAGCAGGGUAUAUUUGAUGCUGUUUUACGCGGGCAUAUCGAUUUCUCUUCUGACCCAUGGCCUUCCAUAUCUAGUGCCGCCAAAGAAUUGAUAAAGAAGAUGCUACGGGCGGAUCCAAAAGAACGGCUUUCUGCUGUUGAAAUUCUAAAUCAUCCAUGGGUCAGAGAAGACGGCGAUGCAUCCGACAAGCCAAUUGAUAUUGCAGUCCUAACUAGAAUGAAGCAGUUCAGGGCAAUGAACAAGCUUAAGAAAGUAGCUUUGAAGGUAAUUGCAGAAAAUCUUUCUGAAGAAGAAAUCGUGGGCUUGAAAGAAAUGUUCAAAUCUAUGGACACAGAUAACAGCGGAACAAUCACUUUCGAAGAAUUGAAAGCAGGGCUUCCGAAAUUGGGCACCAAGCUUUCCGAAUCUGAAGUGAGGCAGUUGAUGGAAGCGGCUGAUGUGGAUGGAAAUGGGACCAUCGAUUAUAUUGAAUUUAUAACAGCCACGAUGCACAUGAAUAGAAUGGAAAAGGAGGACCACUUGUACACUGCCUUUGAGUAUUUUGACAAGGACAAGAGCGGAUACAUCACAAUGGAGGAACUGGAACAAGCCCUCAAGAAGUAUAAUAUGGGCGAUGAAAAAACAAUUAAAGAGAUUAUUGCAGAAGUAGACACGGAUAAUGAUGGAAGAAUUAAUUACGAUGAGUUUGUUGCUAUGAUGAAGAAAGGGAACCCAGACGUUCCGAACAGGCGGCGUAAGUAAUACGUUAGAACAACUGGAAGUAUGAUGUAGCAAGGAUUGUGAUUUAUGGUUUCAGCUAUCAGUGUUGGCAAAAAAGAAAAAAAAAAGGCCAUUCUGGUUCCAUGGAGGACCACUGUUAUGCAUUUUGUAUAAUUAUCAAUGUUGCCAGCCUGUUAGUAUUGUUUUUCCUGUUGUUGGUUUUUC